AAAUUAAACAUAAAAAGAGAAGAGAGAGAAAGAAACCCUAGACAUUCAUCGGAAAAGGGAAGAAGACGAAGAUGGUGUUCUACUUCAAGGCCCGUCCCGAAGCGGGAGACUAUACCAUCUUCAUGGGCCUUGACAAAUACGAGAACGAAGAUCUCAUCAAAUACGGCUUCCCUGAAGACAUCUGGUUCCAUGUUGACAAAAUGUCUUCUGCUCACGUUUAUUUGAGAUUACCAAAGGGUCAGACAAUGGAUGAUAUACCUGAGGGUGUACUUGAAGAUUGUGUACAACUGGUGAAGGCUAAUUCCAUCCAAGGAAACAAGUUGAAUAAUAUUGAUGUCGUGUACACUCCUUGGCAAAACCUUAGAAAGACUGCUUCCAUGGAGGUUGGCCAAGUUAGCUUUCACAACCCGAAAAUGGUGCGCACUGUUAGAGUGGAGAAGAGAAUAAAUGAGAUAGUAAAUAGAUUGAACCGAACAAAGGUCGAAAGAAAGCCUGACUUGAAGGCUGAGCGAGAGGCAGUCAGUGCUGCUGAAAAGGCAGAGAGGAAACAGCAGCUGAGGGAGAAAAAACGGCGUGAAGAGAUGGAACGGCUUGAAAAGGAGAGACAAACUGAGUUGAGGAGCUACAAAAACUUGAUGGUGGCUGAGAAGAUGACAUCGAACAAAAACAUUGCUUCAACAGGCAAGUCCCUUCAAGAACUGGAAGAAGACUUCAUGUAAAUGGAUAGCGGUGAUCAACUUUUAUUGCCCUGCUCAGAAAAAAAGGCCAGAUGGAUGAAAUAAACAGGUAAAAAAGUGGCCAAUGAAGAAUGGCAGUAGGGGAAUGGGUGGAGAGGAAAGUGGUGGUGGGGGUAUAUGUGGGGAUUGGCUUCGAGUUUAUGUUGCUUUGUGUGCUCUUAGGGGAUAAUUCUUCCUCGUGUAACUGAUCAUUUUGAUCUUAUAGUUUUCAUUAUAAAGAGCUUUUGCCUUGCAUGAAUACAAUGUGCUCUUAGAUGGUGAUGACAUGAUAAUUGACAGUGAUGAUAAUGAGAUAUUUAUGUUUCUCUUGUUCAUUGUUA